GAGAAGAAUUUUAUGAAGCUUCCCCCUACGAGCCGGUCACCUCUCGUCUCUCUGAUAUAUUCAGACUUGCUUCAAUUUUCUCAGGAAUGGACCCCGCCACCAACUCCAAAAGCAACCACUGCCUCGACGCGGCCAAAGCCUGCAACCUGAACGACAACUGCAAGCGCCUGCGCUCGGGCUACAUCUCCACCUGCAGCAAGGAGAUCUCGGCCACCGAGCACUGCAGCCGGAGGAAAUGCCACAAGGCUCUGCGCCAGUUCUUCGACCGCGUCCCCAACGAGUACACCUACCGCCUCCUCUUCUGCUCCUGCAAGGACCAGGCUUGCGCCGAGCGCCGGCGGCAAACCAUCGUCCCCUCCUGCUCCUACGAGGACAAGGAGAAGCCCAACUGCCUGGAUCUGCGCAACACGUGCCGGACGGAUCACCUUUGCCGGUCCCGGCUGGCUGAUUUCCACACCAAUUGCCAAGCCUCCUUCCAGUCCCUGACGAGCUGCCCCGGGGACAACUACCAGGCGUGCCUGGGCUCCUACGCGGGGCUCAUCGGCUUUGACAUGACGCCCAACUACGUCGACGCCAGCACCACCAGCAUCACCAUCUCGCCCUGGUGCUCCUGCAAAAGCAGCGGCAACAUGGAGGAGGAGUGCGAGAAGUUCCUCCGAGACUUCACGGAAAACCCCUGUCUCCGUAAG